GACCGCCUUUGAAGAGUGUCGUGAACGGAGCGGAGCCGUGUGCGAGCAAGCUCAACCUGCUAUCCGCCGACGAUGUCCAGCCGAUCUCCGCCAUUUUCCUCCCCCCUCCUUCGCCGGCGACAUUCCUCCGCCAUCGAAGCUGCGCCAGACCCCCCCGUGAAGACGAGUUCGGGGGAAUCGAGCGUCGACAGCAGCUCCGAUGGGGACGUGAGCCACCGGAUCGGAGGAGGAGAUGAACGAGAGGACGAGGAGGAGAUGGAGCCGAUGGAUUCUCAGGGAAAAGAGCACGCGGAGGGAGUUGGGAGGAGCGAGGGUUACGAAAACAGUGGAGGGGUGCCAGCCAUGUUCUCGUACCGGGCAUCGGCUCCAGCACACCGAAGAAUCAAGGAAAGCGCUUUAAGCUCCGCUGCCAUAUUCAAGCAGAGCCAUGCUGGUCUUCUUAACCUGUGUAUAGUAGUGCUGAUUGCAGUCAAUGGGAGGCUUAUCAUCGAAAACUUGAUGAAGUAUGGUCUACUUAUAAGGGCUGGGUUUUGGUUCAGUUCAAAAUCAUUGAGAGAUUGGCCACUUUUGAUGUGCUGCCUUACACUGGCUCUUUUUCCUCUUGGUGCGUUCUUGGUUGAAAAGAUGGCAUGGAGGAAGUUUAUUUCUGCACCACUAGUGAUCACUCUUCAUCUGAUGAUUACGACGUCUGCCAUUUUCUAUCCAGUUUUUGUAAUUCUUAGGUGUGAUUCUGCAGUUUUAUCUGGCUUCUUGUUAAUGUUCAUCGCCAGUAUUGUAUGGUUGAAGCUUGUGUCAUAUGCACAUACAAAUUAUGAUAUACGGAUGCUUUCUAGAUCAGUUGAUAAGGAGGGUGUGUCUUCUAAUUUUUCAGGUCUCAAUGUUGAGGAAGGUGUUAGCUUGAAACAGAUAGUAUAUUUUAUGGUUGCUCCAACACUUUGCUUCCAGCAAAGCUAUCCUCGUACCAUGUCCAUUAGAAAGGGUUGGGUGAUGGGUCAACUUAUUAAGUGGAUGAUUUGUACAGGUUUGAUGGGCUUUAUCAUCGAACAAUACAUAAAUCCACUUGUCAAGAAUUCUCAACACCCCUUAAAAGGGAAUUUUCUUUAUGCCAUUGAGAGAGUCUUGAAGUUGUCAAUUCCAACUUUAUAUGUGUGGCUUUGUAUGUUUUAUGGAUUUUUCCAUCUAUGGUUAAAUAUUCUGGCUGAGCUCCUUCGAUUUGGUGAUCGUGAGUUUUACAAAGAUUGGUGGAAUGCUAAAACAGUUGAAGAGUAUUGGAGAAUGUGGAACAUGCCUGUCCAUAAAUGGAUCAUACGCCAUGUGUACUUUCCUUGCUUGCGAAAUGGCAUGUCAAAGGGAGUUGCUAUUUUGAUUUCCUUCUUUGUUUCUGCCAUAUUCCAUGAGCUGUGCGUUGCUGUUCCAUGCCACAUAUUCAAGUUGUGGGCAUUUUUAGGGAUAUUGUUGCAGAUUCCGUUGGUCAUCCUGACAAACUACCUCCAGAAUAAAUUCAGAAAUUCCAUGGUUGGGAACAUGAUCUUUUGGUUUUUCUUCUGCAUUCUCGGACAGCCAAUGUGUAUACUCUUGUACUACCACGAUGUGAUGAACAGGAAGAUGAGGGAUUGAUCACUCUACCAUGUUUACCUUUUUAAAAUGUAAAGGAUGCAAAAACAUAGCACACUUACCUAUCGGAACAAGCUUACUGAUCGGAGCUUGUUCUAUGAGGUCGAUCCUACAGUGAAGAAGACACCACCUCCGGAGAUCUUUGUCGAAGGGGUUACAGAAGAAUUUGCACUUGCACUCUAUAUGUUGUGGAUGAAUGAUUCAACUAAAAAAGGUUUGACUUUAAAAUCCUCCUAAGCCUGGAAUCAAGCUACAUGCCAUUAAUAGUUGAUCCAUAAUUUAGUGUGUUCCAUUUAUCCAUGGUCCAUUUUAGGGUUUGUUUAACUUCCCAUUCCACAAACCACAUGAUUCAUCAUUUGGAUUCUCUUUUA